AAACGUAUAGCAAGCAGGCAGGUAGUGAAGCAGCAGAGAAACUCAAAAGAUGUCACUCUUUCUCCUCAGUUCUUCCUCGCCAUGUUCACUGUACAUGGAUGACAGUGGAAAUCGAAGAACCCCAUGGCCAACCCCUUAACGUCAUCCAAAGAGCUGAGCCGCAACAGCAGCAGCAGCAGCGUUCGAUUAAGGAGUUAUCAUAGCAAUAACAAAAAUGGGGUGAAAGCUUUUUUCUUCAAUCCCACCGAUGAACCCAUUAUCAAAGAAGCUCUUAAGGAGCCAGUUGCAUUCAUGGGUGGGAUGUUUGCGGGGCUUUUGAGGCUUGAUUUGAAAGAAGACCCACUAAACGAAUGGAUUUCAAGGACGGUUGAGGCAUCUGGAAUUACAGAGGAAGAAAUUGAUGCAGAGGGGUCAAAGGCCGAAGAAGAAGUCCCACAACAAAUUGAGAUUGAAUGACAUUUACCUUACCUCCAUCUGUAUACUACACUCUCACUUGUUCAUUCAUACUUUGAUGUUUGACUAGCAUACAAUAAUCAUCAUUCACUGUGAAAUGCCUGUGACAAGGAAGUUCAUUCACCCUCA